AUGUAUGGCGAUUUUUUACAGUCGACGAAGCAACAUGGUGGAGUACCGAGUACUUUCAAUACACAAAACAGAAAUGUAUCAUCUGCAAAUACAGAUCCAUCAGAUCGAUCGGAGAAGAUCAAGAUUUACAUCACUGAUUUACCAGGAGAUAUUGAGAAUGGUGAUGAAUUAGAAAACGAAAUUUUCCGGUGCAUUAAAAAAGAUUCUCCAAUUGAACGAAGCGAUGUAUGCUGUUAUCCAGAAUUGGGUUUUGGUAUUAUUUAUGUUUCGAACGACCGACUAGGACAUCUUCUAAACGAUCAUAGACAAAUCACAUUUGUUUCGAAAGGUAAACAAGUAAAGAUUACAUUGGCUAAGACUCUAGAGCUUGUCUCAUACAUCGUAUGUAAUACGAAUCAAGAAAAUGUGAGUUCACUAACAGCAGAAGAAGUAAGUGCCCAAUUGACUGAUCUUCAAAUGUAUGGAAAGCCACUUUCGUGCGUUCAACUCUGUGAUCAAUUCCCUGAUAUUUAUCGGUUUGUCUUCAAAUACUCAGAUCAAUUCGAUCGUACUAAUAUCAAGAAGAAGUUCAAGAUCAAUGGCAUUUCCGCUCAAAUAUAUGAUUGUGCUGAUUGCAGCUUUUUUGAAAACAUACCUAGCUCAAUCACCGAACAACAUUUGAAAGAAAGGAUCAAAAACGAUAUUGGACAACACAAUAUCUCCUCUUCAUCUCUUCAUAUUGAACUAAAUGAAGAGACACGCACCGCAUGUGUAAUUGCCACAAAGAAAGCACACAGAUGGAUUACAAAAACAUCUCUCUAUCUUGACGGUGUAUCAAUACCAAAAAAGAAUAAAUUGGUUUUUCGUUUACUUGUUCAUCCAGCUCCUCAAGGAGUUAAUCUUCAACACAUUUUUAACCACUCAAUAUUUGCUGGUAAAGUGGUUGGUCAUAAAUUUAAUGGCGAGAAUCUUAUUCUUGAAAUAUCAAGUAAGACUGUUUUUAAUCAGUGCUUAACGUUUAAAGCCUGCCUUAUUGACAAUCACACUUUUUAUCUGAAAACUUAUGAUGAAUCGUCAAAUAUCACGGAGCAUGAGAUCAAUGAAGCGAUGUGGUAUCAGACAGAAAUGACUAAAUACAAACCUGACAUCAUGCAAUUUAUUGGCAAUCUUGAACACAUCACUUUUCGUUACCGAUGGAAUGCUAAGAUGUGGCUCGAUGAAUUCCAACGUUCAGCACCACAUCCUCGUAAUAAUGGUAAUGAUCGUGCUGCUUCAGUCAGACAUAAAGGUACACAACCUGAUAAUACACGACAUUUAUUACGAAUGACUGUUAUGUUAAAUACACUUGCUGUUAUACGUGAAAAGAGCUAUAUGAUUGGCAAUCGAAAAGUACCAUUGUGGCUCAAUAAUAAACUAGAAACAAUUGUCUAUGAUCAUAAUUCGAAGUUAGAACAAUGUGAAACGAUGCCAUUCAGUAAGACUCCAUAUAAAGAAACCACUGUAAGCGUCGUUCGAGAAGAUUGUCUCGUAGUAUAUGAGGAUUUAGUCAAACAAAAUUUUCGGCCACUUCUGCUUAAUAUGGCCAAUAAGACGACUCCAGGUGGGGGUUACAGAAAAGGUGAUGGUGCGCAAGAAGAAAAUCUUUUUCGACGUUCAAACUAUUUUCAAAGUCUUGAUAUUGAACUGGAUGAAUAUUUCGGGGAACAGUCCGAACGCUAUCAUUGCACAUCUGAUUGUCGAUUAAAUCGAAUAGACAAUCAAAAACGCAUCUAUCCUAUGGAUGAUUUCGGUGCCAUUUAUACAUCAGGUGUAACUGUCUUUCGUCAAUCAGAAGAGCAAGGUUAUGCUUAUAUGAAUGAACCACUAGAAAACGUGUGUGCUAUAGCCAUGGCUGCUUAUCGAGAACCACGAUUGGAAGGCAAUAUGUUUGCACCUUUAUAUGCCGUUGGAACGAGAAAGAAGAUCGAAAAUAUUUUUGCUAUUGCUUAUCAUCAUAAACAUGACUCUCUGGUUUUAUCAGCUCUUGGUUGUGGUGCAUUUAAAAAUCCACCUGACCAUGUUGCACAACUCUUUUUGUCGGUUAUUGAACAGUAUGCAGGUUUUUUCAAAUCGAUUGUAUUCGCUGUCAUUGAUGAUCACAACACUGGUCACGAUCUUAAUCGAGAAGGUAACUUUAAACCUUUCCAAGUCUUAGAUGGAAAAAUUGUGAAACCUGUCAAACAAAUAAACAUACCCAAUACGAUGAUUGGUCCUUAUCGAUUUCUAUCAGAUGGUCAUACCAUAAGCGAUGUUUGUAUAUUUGAUUCAUACCCGUGUGAGAAUGGAGCUAAGUGUAACGAGAUCCAUGAUCCGAAUCAUGCACAUGAGUUUUCUCAUCCACCACUAUGCAAUAUGUCAUCUGACAGCGGUAAUUGUCCACGAUCAGACGAUAAGGUUCACAUGCACUCAUUUAUACAUCGAAAUCGAUGCCAACAUGGUGGUGAAUGCCGAAAAAUUGAUAACGAAAAACAUCGGCAAGAAUUUGAGCAUCCAUCUUUUUGUUCAAAAGGAAAUAAUUGUCAAGAUAUGGACGCAGAGCAUCUACGAGAAUACCGUCAUUUGCCGCUUUGUCCAGAGUCAUACAAAUGUAAGGACUAUCAGAAAAACGUCAAACAUCAUUGCGAUUCGUAUAGACAUUGUCGAUCUGCAUGUCCAGAUGGAAACCAUUGCACGAAUUUUCAUGAUACAAAGCAUCUUACUGAACUUCAACAUCCAUUCUCUUCUCCUUGUCCAUUUACUCCAUAUCAUUGUUACUUUCACAACGAGCUAAUCAAAGUAUCAAAGAACAGUUCACUUUCCUCUGCUGCUGAACAACACUUUGAACGGUUUUCGCAUGUAUGUCCACACGGACGCAACUGUGAGAAUACACGUUCGCAACAUCUGAAGAACUUCAUACACAUAGUUCGUAAAAUCUGCCCCGAUGGUCACAGUUGUAACAAACUCUCGCAAGAAGAUCAUCUUAAUUCACUUACACAUCCGAAUAUUCCUGAUAUACGAUGUUUAUGCGAAACCACAAAUUGUGAUAAUCGUAAUGACCGCAAACAUAUGAUUAAAUAUCGGCAUACUAUUCGAUCAGACGAUAUGGAGAUCGUCGACUAUUAUGAUCUGAAUGACAAAAUCGAUUUCGUUCGAAAUCAAAAAGAUAGCAAUGCACGUAUUAAGCACUAUUUUGAAAGACAAAGAUCGACACCGCCGAUAGCGACAACUAAUACAGAUGAGAUUGCCAGAUGGUUACGAACUGUUCAACCUGUUUAUCGAUGUAAUCAAGUCAUAUUUGAAUUGAUUCUCUUUCAUCAAUAUGUUAUGAGUCAAGAUUAUAUGAAAAAUCUUCAGAACCCGAAAUUUCUUCUCAAUCUAGUCCUUCAACACAACCGAAUACAGCGUAUCGAGAGUCUAAAAGGAAAAUCAGUAGAGAAAGAUGUCAGAGAAUAUAUCAUAGCUUUAAUCGAAGAGAAAUAUGGAAAAAACAGUUCCGGAGAUUCGAAUUUAUUAGCGAAAUUGAGAGAUAACAGAAGAAAGAUGAUGAAUAAUCUUUCGCCGUCAAUCUCAGAUGGAGAUCUCGAAAGAUUAAACGAUAUAGUAAAGAUCGUGACAGACUUAUCUUUUCAACUUCAAUCGAAUCAACUUUUGAGACAAGAUAAAACAAUUUACAGUACUCUCGGACCACACCUGGAUGAACGCCUCGGAGAUAUAUUUAUUGUUUUUAAAAGAGAAAUUCUACAUCAUCCUGAUGCAAAUUUCUCUAUUCAAACCGCAGCAUCGUUUACUAACGGACAAACAUUUGAUCGCUGUUCCUGGUUUGGUCCUCGACCACAUACUAUUAAUGAACGAACUGAACUAUACAAUCAAUCAAAAUUACAUGCUUCUAUUCCAGGUUAUGAAUAUGCAGCUGCUCUCCAAUUGGUAGCUACCAGUAGCUGUAGCCUUACUAGAAAUCCUAAAAGCAUUGAUCUCCAAACAAUUCUCUAUGACUGGACUCAGACAGAUUCGUAUGAAGGCAUUGAAGCUAAUCUACCUCCACUUAUUCCAAUCAGCUAUAUCGAUCGUAUUUAUAUACCACAGGAAAUAUUCCAUCCACUUAGUUCUGAUGCACAUUCUCUCAUUGAUAGUUUUUUCAAAGAUCGUAUUACUGCUAUUCCAUAUGACGGUACAACCAAUCCACAAAUAAGACUACAUGGUUCGAAAUCAAAAUCUCGAGCCAUAUAUCAAGAAACUGUUGUAAAGCAAUUGAACGCACGAUUUAGUCUACGCGAUGAACAUUCAAUAGCAAGAUCUAUUCAAGGUUUUGUAAUGACAAUACCACCAUCCGGUUAUACUAAACAUAUUCUUUUACCUUUAACGAUAUCACAAGCAUUUGCUCAAUAUCGCACUGAUCUCUCAGCAUCUUCGAGAGACAAUACCACAUUCAUCUAUUGGCAAGUAAUGAAUGGAGAUAUGAUGCUGACUCUCUCGAGCCAAUCAAAUGAUUCAGGCAACACUCCAUUGAAGUCACGGUGCUUUAUUUGCUAUAUUGCCGAAAAACCAACGGCAAGUGGUGAUUCGUAUCAAGAAGAUGCUUCAUAUUUGAAUAGUGGUUCUCCCAGUUUGCAUACUACAUAUGUCAGUAGUAGCAAUUAUGCAGCUAGCUCAAAUACAUUCUAUGUUGGAUGUAAUACUGAUAAUUUUAUGACUUUUUGUCUCGAAAUCCAACGUUCAACUGGCAAGAUCACACUUUCUCACGCCGGUCCAAAUUCACUGUAUAAUCGAUCGACGGUUUCUUAUACUUUUGGUAAAACGGAACUUGACCUACCUACAUUAGAUUUUAUUCGUGUCAGCGCAGGUGACCAACCAGUACCCAUUCGAAAUCUGAUGAUCUGUUUUGAAAAACAAUCUGGUUUACAUCCAACAGCUGAUACACAAUUUAGCAAAAAGUCCAGCGCGCUUGAUGAAAUGGAUGUUUUAUUACCAUCAAAGUCAAUGGCAUCUUUGGUUCCAUGUCCUAACAAUGUCAAUUGUCUUCUUCAGUUAUCAGACAAUGCCAACACUCACAAUGCCAAAUAUUCGCAUCCUUGU